GGAAGCGGCCAAAUUGCUCUUGAUAAUCUAAACUGUAUUGGCUACGAGGCGGAUAUAACACAGUGCAUGCGAUCCGCCUGGUACCAGAAUAACUGUGGACAUAGUGAAGAUGCUGGUGUUGAUUGUCAUGGUUAUGUUUAUGGAGGAGUAACAUUACCUAAAUAUUCGGGAUAUUUUACCAGUGAUAAUUACUAUACAUCUACUACAUACAGACCAUGGUAUUUAUCUACUAAAGGAUAUGGCCUGACAGAUGCAAUUCGAGUUGGAUGUGAUGAGAACGGAUGGAACAUUAGAGUAGACCUUACUGUUUUGAGAAAUUUACAUCCUGGUGCUGUGGCUUCAGAUAUUUAUUUAGGGGAGAAUACGUGUACUGGUACACAAGGCUGGAAUACUGUCACAUUUCAACAAGGAUUACAUGAGUGUCUCACUAGUCAAACUAUUAGAAACGAUGUCCUUGUGUACAGAAACCAGCUUGUGUAUGCAGAACGAGACCCAAUUCAUUCCUUUAUAAUUCGACACUACAACUGGACAGUGAGUGUAGAAUGUGACGUUGGAAGGAAUGAAACGUCGUCAGGACAUAUCCAUCAUGAUGCAGGUAAUAAUCCUGUUGACUCCGUGCUUGGUUCGAGUCAUUACUAUGUCAACAUGAGCUUCUACUCUGAUCCUAAUUUUGCAUAUCAAAUUAGUGGAAAUCCCAUACAUGUUGCAGUAGGAAACAAAGUUUAUGUCAAGGUUUUCACCACAAGCUCUGACUGGACAAUCAAAAUGAGGGUACAUACGUGCUACACAAAACCAUCUGCAAAUGCGUCUGACAGUUUUAAAUUUGAAAUGAUAAAGAAUGGGUGUGAGAUGGAUUCAAACACUCAUAUCAUAUCACAGUCCUCACAUGAGACUCGUUUUGUGUUCGAGGAUUUCGAAUAUACCAGCAAUCACGAGGGUCUUUAUGUCUACUGUGACGCCAUGUUCUGCCGCUCCUCCGACUACUCCAGACAAUGCAUGCAAACAUGUAAUCCAUAAAAGAAAAAUUAAUUAUUGUUUUUCAUUGAAGACAUGGAUAAAAUAAGAUAAUUUUCAGAUAAAAAAAGAGCACAAUAAACUUUCAAUAUGUAAAUGUGUAAGUUGUGUAAGUUGUGACUUUUAAGCUUUGUUUAUAGUUUAGGUUUCGUAUGAUUUAGAAUUUUCGGAUUUCAUUUUCUCGUUUUCUCAAUACAAUAUGUACAGUGGAAAAUAAACCAUUUUCUUGUUGCAAUUUAACAUAUUAUUUUGCUUGUUGUUGCAGCCGUCAUUGUUAUUAUUUCUGUUGUUAGAGCUCAUUCUGUUCCAAUUAAUUUGGAGUUCUCCUCCUACCUAACAAUUAGAGAAGCGCUCGGCCGAGUGGUUAACGUAUCGGACGAGUAAUUUAAGAAUUGCUGGCCGCUUUAGUUGAAACCCCGUCAGUGGCAAGCCGUUGAUUCCGGAACAAGAAACUUUACACUCAGUGCUUAGUACUGGUUUGUUCCAAAAAUGGAUUCGAGAGGGUUUCAAUAAACUUAUAGCUUCUAACAUAAUUAAACUAAAUGAAUUAGUACCAACUACACAUAUUCAAAUACUCAAGUAAAAUUGGGUACCUGAAUUUUCGCAUCACAAUUAACAAACAUUAUUAGAUUAAUGAUCGUUAGGAUCAUAUUUGUCAUUAUUACCAUAGAAAGGAGCAUCCCCAUGAUAUGUCUGUGAAGUGUGAUGCUGUGGUAUACAAAAAUCUUCAUUGUCUGGUAUCAUCCAUUAUUGAAAUAUGUGAAAGCAUCAUAUCAUAAUAUGAUAUGUAUAAUUAUUUUAUUACACUAAGCGAGACAAUUAAGUCGGUGCAACACUUUUAUUUUUGCCUUUCUAUAAUAAAUGUCGCAUUCCUUUGUUUGCUUCUCAUAUAUUUAAUCGGUUCGAAAUGGAAAUACAAAUAUUAAAUAAAUGACUUAGGUACUGUUUCAUUUUUGCAUGAAAUAUGUUAAGUAAAAGUUCUAUUUAUCACAUAAACUUAUUUAAAAUUGAUAUAUAACGCUCCAAACUUCGUAAUAAUAUAUUGAAAAACGGUAUCCCCUUCGACUGCCAGUUAUAUGAAAUCCACCGACUAGUUUGUUAUUUCUUAUUCUCUGCUACUUUUUGUCAUGUGUCAACUGUAAAAAAAGUAAGUUGAGGAGCUUUGUGACAUAUUACCAAAUACACAUCUUCAAAUACAUUUUUACGAUUAUCUUAAACUUAUGCUUAUGAUUAUGGUCAUAUGUUAAUUUGUAAAUAUGUGUUUUAGAUUGAAAUGAAAAUGUAAAUUUGUUAUUUCUGAAAUUAACAUUGCUUUUGUUUUGGCAACGAAAAAAGAAAUGCGGACAUACGAAGAUACGCCUUUUCACAUUGUUGCUUACUCGUAUCUGCUGGCGAUUAGUCGCUGAAAAUAUAACGGUUUGAAUAAUAUAAUUAUACAAUUUAUUUAAAAUUAUAUUAUUUUCGCAUUUAAUUAUCCCUCUCUCCCAUUCUGUCACCCGAUGUGUACACACGCUGGUAUAUUCGGAACGGGAAAAUGUGACAAUGUAAUAAAGAAAGUACAUGUAAUCUGUU